UCCCUGUUUAUUUGAUUUUAGGGACGGAGCGGGACGCCGGAGUCCAUCCACCGCGCAGCUGACGGCACGGCACCACGCUCCCCGACUCGCAGUCGCAGUCACCAAUCCCUCCCCCUCGGGCGGCAUGGCCGCCGCCCUCACCCUCCCGCGCGCCGCGGCCCCGCUCGCCGUCCUCCGCUCCGUCCGUUUCGCGCCGUGGGCAGCGCCGGCGCCCCGCCGUCGGCUCCUCCCCGGGCCUCCCACUGCCGGCGUACCCCCACAUCCGGCUCUCCCGCCGUCGUCCAAGCUCGCCGACCCCCCGGUCGUUGGGGCUCCUGAGCCCCCGCUGCCGUUUAGGGCCGCCGAGGCGGAGAUCCUCCGCGACAUCGAACCCGUCGUGCAGCUCAUCAAGGAUAUCCUCCACUCCGACAGAUACGGAGACGGCGAAUGCCUCUGCCCAAAGGACGAAAACGUCGUCGUGGAGAAGCUCCUCGCGUUCCAUCCACGCGCGCAGGAUAAGAUUGGCUGUGGACUUGACGCUAUAAUGGGCCGUACCAAAGUUUUUGGAGGCCCUGGUGCGAAAAAUAAAAUGAGACCUCUUAUUUAAAAAUAAAAAUAACCAAAAUAUGUUUGGAUUUUAUUAUUAUAUAACUUCAUACAUUUUUGCAAUGCUCAGAACUACCGACUAUAAGAAAAGAGUAAAUUUCACUGGCGGUCCCUAAACUUGUUCCGCGCUCUCAUUCCGGUCCCGGUACUUGCAAAACGUGCAUGCGGCACCCUAAACUUGUUUUACUGUGCCACCGCGGGUCCAAACAGCCCACGCAGGCAUCCGGCCGCUGAUACGGCGUGCCACCGUGGCUUUGGCGGGAUUUUUGCCGCCAAAGAAGUUGUCUCCACCCUCGAUCUAUUGAUGCAAGUUUGCAUUUAAACCCUUGCAGCCCUACCAAUCAAGCAAUACUCACAUUUUAUACCAGAACAAGAUAAUAUAGCAGCCGAGUCAUGC